AUGUGUCAUUUAUGCGGCGUGCUUGAGGAAUGUACUCCACUGCAGACAAUGUCUGCCAUUCAGGACAUCAAAGCAACAGACAUUGCUGCAAGAGGGGAACAAAAUGUCAUAGAAACAGCCACUGUUCCUCCCACAAGUGGGGCGGAAAGUCAUGACACGCACCAGGACGGAUUAAAGAAAAAUAAAACACACAUGAGUUUGGAAUCAGCGGAAAAAGAAAACAAUACAUCAGUGAAUGGAGAUGUCACAGGGCAAGAAGAGUCUCAGAACGAAAUGUUCCCAGAUAGUGCAGAAAAUGGAGAUUAUAAACAAAUGGCACACGUGACUGCUGAAGACACGAAUGGCAGCAGGGAAGAGACACGUGACAUCACCCAGACAACAGAAAGAGAAAUUCAAGAGAGCUCAGAAAACCAAAGAGAAGAGGCUACCACAGCCCCAAUAACAUGCGAUACGGCCAAUAAAUGCGAGAAUGGUCUUCUUCCCAAUGAUUCAAAGAGUCUAAAGCAAAAAGAUAACAUAAUGGAAAAGGAGUAUCUUGAUGUGCUGAGUGAUGACAGGGGCCCUCAAGUGUCUUGUUACAUCACAGCACCUUCAUACCUUCUACAACAUCUAGAAUGCCGAAUAAUUAACAGCAUGAGUUCUUUGAUAGUGAGUGAUAAUGAAGAGUUGGUCAGCAAUGUCAUCACUAUUGAGUGCUCAGAUAUGGAAAUGAGAAUUCCAUUUCCAAUAUGCAUUGCAAUUCCAUUUACCGCAUGUUACAGGGGAAAUUACAAAGACAUCAUGGUGAAAAUGUCUGACAUAAACCUUCAGUCAAGUUACCUAACCCCAAGUUCCUUGGAUGGAAUGAGAGGAAGUUACAAGGGGACCUGUGCUGAAGUGAAAGUUUACAAGUUGGGUAUCUUCUCUGUCGUGUCCUGUUUAAAGAAAGAGUCCUUCACAGUAACAAAGAAAGGCCUCACUCUCAAGCCAAGCAUGGAUUCGCGGAUAUCCCUGCAUUACCCUCCGGGAGUUUUCGGCUCACCCGUGCUUGUGCAAUUAAAGAUCCAACCAGUUGACCCAUCUCUGGUGGCAUAUUUAAAAACACAGCAAGAUACUUCCUACUCCGUACUAUCCACCAGCCCUCUGAUUCAUGUGCAGCACCCAUCCACACAUCCUUUCCAGAAGCCAGUCAUUGUAUGCCUACCUUGUUCUUCACACCCUGAUAAAAAAAAUUUGGGGUCUGAGAUAGAUCAUAAUAGAAGAGCCAUUACCACAACAAAAACAAUGGUAUCUUUAUACUUCAACCGGACAAAAAGUGCUUCUAUAAGAAAACCCGGGAACAAUGCCUGUGAAUCUUUGAAAUUACUGGGAUUCAGAAGCCGAGACAGUGGCUGGUUUGGGCUUGAUGGUGUUGCGGUGAGAACCAUGCAGAGUGGCUUGAUAUCAUUUGAAUUGCGUGAACACUUAGAGAGGUUUAUUGUGGUCCACCUGUCCUCCAUUGUGGACAAUAGCCAUUUGGUUUCUUUUGUGAAAUCUUUAGAGGAAGCCAUGCUCAGCACCAGUGCCUGCAUUGUACUGUAUCACCGGAAAGACAGUCCACACCGAGUGGUUAUCUCAGUGGUGCCUUCUAAAGAUCUAAACCAGGAGCUGAGGAACUUGCGCUUGGAAGCCUGCAGUGGUCCUCCAGAGCCAUCUCGCCAUUUCCAGGUGAAAGAAGGAGAACAACUUCUUUUAAGGUUUACUGGAAACAUAUUUGCUUCAAGCAAUGGGAAGGAUUAUGGAAAAGACUACAAGCUUAUUUUUCAUUUACAAAGAAAACCCAGGCUGGAACUCCAAAUCAAAGAGGUGGAUGAAUUUGGCAACUACAGCUGCUCUCAUUAUAAGGGCACUGUUGUAGUUUACAAACUACCUAAACAAAAGACAAUCCACAACUUGGACCAAUCUCUCAUACUUAAUGAAAACCAUUAUCAGUUGCCAGUGUGUAAAUUACCAUUGAGACUACCAAAGCAUGAAAAAUUAAUCAACCGGCCACAGAGUAUCAAAAGAAUUUCUACAGAUCCUCUAGAAGCCCUCUGGGAUAACCUGCUCUACUGGUUGGCCGAGGAGCUCUCAGAAGAAAACGCCACGAGUCUCUCCUCGUCCCUCCCCCUUCGCCGCAGCACCAUUCAGCUCAUCAAACUGAAGAACCCAGAUGAUCUCACAGGACAGAUCCACGAACUCCUCUGCUCCUGGAAGAAAUCACUCCCGAAUUCCACCGAUAAGCUUCGCCUUCUGGCUCGCCAUCUCCGCAAGAUCGGCAGGAGUGAUCUUUCGGAAGAGCUCAAGUUCAAGUGGGAAAAUAAAGUGUUCACCGAGCCACAGCAGGGGUUGGAGGUGGCAGAGUAAAGCCGGUUGCUCUUCCUUUGGGUCAGAGUUGGCUGUAAGAUUGUUUUCUGUCAACAUUUUACUAGGGGCUCCUGGUAAUGGUGUCUGAAGUGAAUCUAUUUGAUAGAUGUGCUACUGAGACCAGGGGCAAAGCACUAGUCAGACAAUAAAAAGAUUCCUAGGUCUGAGUGCUCCUUCAUGGGUCAGGGAUAUGUGUUGUGCAAGCA